AUGUCGAGCCGUAACUUCUCUCGUACAUUUAAGAAACCAAUGCGUCCAUACGAAAAGGAACGUAUGCACAAGGAGCUCCAGGUCGUCGGUGAGUACGGUCUUAAGAACAAGCGUGAAAUCUGGCGUGUUUCAUAUACACUUUCCAAGAUCCGCCACGCCGCCCGUGAACUUCUUACACUUCCAGAAAACGAUUCAAAGCGUAUUUUCGAAGGUGCAGCUCUUCUUCGCCGCCUUACAAAGCUCGGCGUUCUUGAUGAAUCCAAGCAAAAGCUCGAUUAUGUCCUUUCUCUUACAGUCAACGAUCUUAUGGAUCGUCGUCUUCAGACACAGGUUCACAAGCGUGCUCUUGCUAACUCUGUUCACCAUGCUCGUACACUUGUUUCCCACCGCCACAUCUCUGUUGAGAACCAGCUUGUCAACCAACCAGCUUUCCUCGUCUGGAAGGAAUCCGAGAAGAACAUCAAGUACGCUGACACAUCAGUCAUGACAACAGAGAAGCUCGGCCGUAAGAAACGUAUGCGGGCUCAUGCACAGACAAAGAAGGCAGAUGAAGAGUAA